CCAUGGCUGUGUGCUCGUCCAAAUGCUUUGCGCGCGAUACAAAAAGGAACGAAAUGAAUUUGGCACAGUUCUCUAUAUAUUGAAAUGAAAACCAUAAUAAUAAACGAAACGAUGCUAACUGCUUGUCAGCUCCGGCGUCAUCAUCGUCGUCGUUGUCGUCAUUUAUGCUUUAUAGAUGAACUUUUCUUCGUUGUUCUCAUGAUAUAUUCCAUUUGCAAAACAGACACAAUUGAUGCUGCUGCCUGGCUGCUUAUUUUAGCUGCAACAACGAAAAAAAAUGUCGAAAACAUACUGGGACACAGCGGCAGUAGCAGCAGCAAUGCUCAGUUCAUCUGACAGUGCGAUUUCGCAAAACCGCGCGCGCACACACAAAAAAGAAAUAUCAACGCUGGCCAUUGACCUGCUGCUGCCGUUGUUGUUGCUGCGACGGCUGAACUGAGCCAAGUCACACGAAAAAAAAAGUGUUGGAACGAUGUCACAACACCGAAACAAUUAUUGAAUUAUCGUUUAUAACUGCGUGAAGUUGAAACUGCUUUCUUUGCUUCGCUCUUGAGUAAAAACCUAACGAAUUACGUGAGUUUUUCAGCUGCAGACCAUAAAAAAUCAGCAAAGAGACAAAAACAAAUGAUCGGCUUAUAGGAAAAAAUCACGUCAUCGGUUCCAUUUAUUGAACAUUAAACCCCAAUUUAUUCAGUCUAUCGAAAUCUCAAUUGGCCAUUGACAUCACCUAGCGUCAAAUCACAUGUUUACGACUUAAUACUUUGGUUUUUGAACAAAAUUCGCAUCGAAUGAAUUGAUUGCAAUAAUUUUAUUGAGAAUGGCCCGUAAACUAACGGACGAUUUGAACGAUGUUCGAUGUCUUUCAUCUGAUGAUGAAUGUUUCCACGUUGUUUUUAUCACUUAUUUUCGUUGACAAACGUGAUUUGUUGUUUUUACGCGUCUUCGCCAUUUACGGUCAAAGUAGAGUAGCAGUAGCAGCAGCAGGCAGGCCGGCAGCAGCUCCAAGAAAUUAUAGAUAUUUCGUUUGCUUUCUUUUCUGUUGGUUUUUGGUUGUUUGCUCUUUGGCACGUUGAGUUUUUGUUUUUAUUUCUAAAAUAGAAAAUGUAUAUAAUUUCGACGAUUUGGGGCCCGGUCGACGGUAGCGUUGACGGUUCAUUCGUUCCAGUCAAGCGUGAAAAGGCACGGUGUUACAUUUAAAAACGGCACCAAAAUAGAAAACUGGUAUCGAUUUUCGCCCGGUGACACAAUUCCCAUUUGAUUUGAACUCAUUCACUCACUGCCUACUAUCAAUAUUUGCGGUGUGAUUCUCUUGUGAGCACACACACGACCGAGAAUCCAGUGACAGAGAGAGAGUUAGAGAGAUAGAGAUCAAAAAUGGCGUGGCGUUUCAAGGCAUCCAAAUACAAAAAUGCUGCCCCCAUCGUUCCAAAGCCAGAAGUUUGCAUUCGUGACAUUGUUGUCGGCUCGUAUCAAACGUAUGGCAAUAAUAUUGCUGCAUCAGCCGCUUUUAUGGCAUUCAAUUGGGAACAUGCUGGGUCAAGUUUAGCGGUAUUGCCACUCGAUGAUUGCGGCCGUAAAAGCAAAAAUAUGCCAUUAUUACACGGACACACAGACACGGUUACCGAUUUGCAUUUUUCGCCAUUUCACGACGGAUUACUUGCAACUGGAUCACAAGAUUGCCUGGUAAAAAUUUGGCACAUUCCCGAAAAAGGAUUGGAGCAAUCGUUGACCACGCCAGAGUGUCAGUUUACACAUAAGCAACGACGCGUUGAAACCGUUGGAUUCCAUCCGACGGCCGAUUAUUUGCUGCAUUCAACUGCAGCGGGCAAUAUAAAUCUUUGGGACUUAACGUCACAGAAAGAGGUGUUCGGCAGCAAUGAGCAUCCGGAUGUGAUUCAGUCGCUGAACUGGAAGCUCGAUGGAACGCUGAUGACCACCAGCUGUAAGGAUAAAAUGGUGCGCAUCAUCGAUCCAAGAUCAAAUGUUCCGAUUACACUGGCUGCCGAUAGUCAUCAGAGUAUCAAAGAUUCUCGCGUUGUGUGGCUCGGCGAUCAAUCGCGCAUUCUAACAACCGGCUUCGAUUCAGCUCGUUUGCGUCAAAUUAUAAUCCGUGAUUUGCGAAACUUCAACACGCCGGAGAAAACAUUGGAAUUGGACUGUUCUACAGGUGUUUUAAUGCCGCUCUAUGACCCAGAUACAAAUAUGCUAUUUUUAGCUGGCAAAGGCGACACAACAAUCGCAUACAUGGAAGUCACAGACAAAGACCCAUAUCUGAUUGAAGGACUCAGACACAAUGGUGAACAAACAAAAGGUGCGUGCUUGGUGCCGAAACGUGCUCUUCGCGUGAUGGAAGGUGAAGUAAAUCGUAUCAUGCAAUUAACAUCGAACUCAGUCAUACCGAUAAUGUAUCAAGUGCCACGCAAGACAUACCGUGAUUUCCACAGUGAUUUAUAUCCAGAAACGAACGGUUACAAAACCGACUUGACGGUUACGCAAUGGUUGAAAGGUGUCAAUACGCCCGUGUCAAAAAUGAGCUUAGAUCCAGCUAAGCGUGAACUUGGCGACGCUCCAAUUAUUGUUCAUCGUGGUACUUUGCACGAAAUGAUUAAGAAUGAUGCAAAUAAAUGUGCAAAACAAAUCGAAAUCAAACCUCCGUCAACGCUCACAGCAUCGGCGUCUUCAGUAAAUCGUCAGCAAAGUAACGAUAAUGUUGAUAAUCGUCAUGCGACUUCGAUUUCAAAUCGACCACUAAAUAAAUACAGUGAAGUACAACAGCCGGAUGAUUAUGAUAAUGAUGCGGGGAAACCAUUAUCAAAGAUGGAUCUCAUCAAGAAAUUCGACAGCAAAUACAAGCAGUCAGAGUCAAUCGAUAACAAACAGCAACAACGUGCAAGCUUUCACGAGGAAAGUCAAAAGACCAAUGUCAUUCCGGAUGAAGUUGAAAACGAUGAAAACAUCCAAAAUUCAAACAAUGAAGAAAUCAGCGAUGUGGAAUCAGCACGUGACGCCGAAUCAACAAGCGUUGCAAAUAACAAUUACAAAAAUGGAAACAUUACAUGCGGCAGCAAUGCAAAUGCGAAUGGCAAUGACAUCGUUCCACCGAAACCGUUACCACGAACUAGUCGCAAUAAUUCGGUAUCGUCACUGUCGUCCGAGCACAGCGUCUCAAUUUCAUCGAAUCCCAUUGAGGAAAGCAACGUUCGCCCGAUCGCCAAACCACGCACAACCACCACCACUAGCUACAAGCCACGAUUGGGCCCAAAGCCGUUCAGCGUUGGAUCGGGUGAUGUGAACUUUGAUAAAGUGUUCUCGGUACCACAGGCACCUGGCAGCGAACGCAAUUCAACGUCAAGCAAUCACAAUGAAGCCAUAUCCACCACAGAUAAUCAAAACAAAUCCACAGAAUCAUCGGACAAUUCGAUCGAUGAACAAAAAGAUUCCGAUGAAAAAGAAGGUACAGAAGAAGAAAAAAAUGCUAUUGUAUAUCGCAACGGAAGCAACGGCCAUUCAAUGCACAAAAGUGAUAGUUUGGAGGAAGAUUUGCAGCGCGCCAUUUCGACAGCUGAAAGACGAAAGUUGUCAGAAGCCGCUAGUUCAAAAAAGAUUUUCGAGAAUGCUCGUUCAGAAUCGGAAAUUGCAAGCCAUGAUAGCACAGAUGCCGAGGAAUUGAGACGAUUGACAUUGAACCGAAGCAGCAUUGCAGAACGUCGUCGCUUGUACGAAGCACGUUCAGUCAGUACCAACAAUGCGGAGGACAAACCGCCACAGUCGCCAUUGCCAGUACUGCGCAAAGAUUCAACAAAAACUCGCAGUGCAUCACCAAAUAAAGCGCAGAUCGAGAUUGAAGAGCGCCGAAAGACAUCGCCAAUUCCAAUCAAUGAAAGUAAUGGUAAACAUGAGGAUAAAACUGAUGCAAUAUUCCGCAAGCCAAAUCCAGUGAACAAUGGAAAUCACGGGGCCAACAACAAGACUAAACCGGCUGAAAUUACGACGGCUACAAAGCGCACAUCAACUGUUUUCGGUAAAGUAUCAAAGUUCCGUCAUUUGAAGGGAACGCCAACGCACAAAUCAACGCACAUUGAAAAUAUUCGGAACAUCAGUCGUCAAAUACCCGGCGAAUGCAAUGGAUUCCAUGCGAAUUACAAGCGAGUUGCUGUGCCAUUAUCGGGUCCGGGUGGAAAGAUUGCCGUUUACGAAUUGAACAAACCGGGCCGAUUGCCCGACGGUGUCAUUCCAUCUUUGGUCAAUGGCAAUAGUAUCAUGGAUUUCCAAUGGGAUCCAUUCGAUGCCAAUAAAUUGGCGGUAGCUUGCGAUGACGGUGUGGUUCGUUUGUGGAAAGUGCCCGACAAUGGUCUUACUGAGCCGACAAAUCAACCUGAAGGCGAAUUGGUGGCACAUUCGGAUAAAAUUUACUUUAUUCGUUUCCAUCCGUUGGCAAAGGAUGUUCUGCUAACGGCCAGCUAUGAUAUGACCAUCAAAAUUUGGAACUUGGCAACAUUCUCGGAAGAAUUGUGCUUGAAAGGACACACAGAUCAAAUAUUCGAUUGUGCCUGGAGCCCUUGCGGUGUGUUUGCUGCCACCGUGUGCAAGGAUGGAAAAAUUCGCAUUUUUAAUCCACGCAAAUCGGAGAAUCCAAUUCGUGAAGGACCCGGACCAAUUGGAACUCGUGGAGCACGCAUCACUUGGGCCAUCGAUGGACACUAUAUUGUUUGCACUGGUUUUGAUAAGGUUUCGGAGCGUCAAAUCAGCAUUUACAAAGCAACAGAUUUGUCAGCACCAAUCAACACCGUCGGUUUGGAUGUGUCGCCAGCCAUUCUAAUCCCAUUCUACGAUGAAGACAGCUCAACACUAUUGUUGACUGGAAAGGGUGAUUCAACGAUUUACGCAUUCGAAAUAACCGAUGAGGCACCGCAUAUUUGCCCAUUGUCACAUCAUCGUUGUGCAACAUCACACCAGGGAUUAAGUUUUUUGACGAAAAACCACUGCGACGUAUCGGCCGUUGAGUUCGCCAAGGCGUUCCGUUUGACAAACAAUACUAUUGAACCUCUAAGUUUUACUGUUCCUCGCAUUAAAAACGAACUGUUCCAAGAUGAUUUGUUCCCACCGACAAGAGUCACAUGGAUCCCAACAUUGUCACCAGCUGAUUGGUUCAAUUGUCGCGACAAAAAGGUCAAGAAAAUUAGCUUGCAACCAGAGGGCAUGGAAUGCUUAUCAUCAACACUGCCAGUAACCCAACAACCGCCACUAACUCCAAACAAAAAGACUGAUCAGCACUCGCCACCCUCGAACAUUUUGCAAUCAUACAAUCGACAAAUCAACACCGACAAUGACAAAUACAAACAAGAAGAGGUAAACAUUGGUAUUUUUUUGAGGUUUCAAGGGGAUUUUUUUUGCCUAUUCAUCCAAUUUUUGACAACUCUACUCGUUUUAAAUUCUCUUUCAUUCUUCUUAUCGUUUUCAAUUCCAAUUUUUUCUAAAUUGAAUAAUGAAAUUCAAUUUUCCAUGUCAUUCAUUUCAGAUUCAAAAGUCAGUAAGCGCACGUAUGGAGUACACAACGUCAUUGGAACAAGAUAAUAUGGAAGGUGUCGAUGCAGAUGAGUGGAAUGAAUAAGCAGCAUUGGCCGAUCGAAAUAGAAUUGAGUCAAAAUUGAGAGAUUACAAUGGAAAACAAAAAUGAAAUUGUCUCAAUGAAUGCGUUGCCAUAAUUGAAACCAACCAAUCAGCUUUUAUUCACAUUUUAAAUAGUCAAAAAUCGGCAAUUGUACUACUUGUUGUUCCUUUUCAAGCACAUAGCAAAAGAAAACAUGGCAGAAGAAGAAAGAAAAAAACAGCGCACAAAAUAACAAAACGUACAUUCACAUUUAAUCGAUACAAAUUAAAACAAAAACAAAACUAAUCUUAAUUAUUCGCAUACUUGAUAAGAAACAAGAAUUAACGUAAAAAUUGUAUACUGUAAGAAUUGUAUUAUUCGCAAUUACUCAAUAUUUUCACACCAAUCGUGUUAAAUUCCCAAAGAGAAGAUGAUUUCAUCAUUUUUUUCCCUUGUGGAAUGCACCUGCAUUUUUUUAUGUUUUAGUUUUUAAUUUUUUUUUCUUUAUUUUGAAAUUGGUGCAUUAAGUUGCUUUUGUUAUUUAUUUAUUAAAAACUUGAAUUUUUUUUUUUAGUUUUCCCCUAUUUUUUCAAGUAAACAAAUUGGAUUUGCUCAAUGAAAAGAAGAAAACCACAAAUAUUUUCAUAUUCAAUGACUCAUUUAGAACUUUCAAAACCGAUUUAAAUUACACAGAAACUAUGCAUACAACAGAAUACAGUUCACAGUGGAAGAAGGAGAGACAAGCAUUAGUCAUUACUUGAUUCCAAACUACUCACAUUUCGCAAUCUAUAGCAAUUCCAAUGAAAUGUCCUAUUUAUUGAUUGAGCCAUUUAUGUAUUCUAUAUACUACUUAAUGAUGGAAACAAAUUGUAAAUUAAGUUUGUGUGAUAUUACUAAAAAUGCAUCAACAACAUAACAUUAAAUUAACGAUUAUAAUUUAUUCAA